AUGACUGGUGAUAUUAGAGCCUUGGAAAUACAUAAUGAAAACAAAGCUGGUGAUAAAGAGCACUGUACUAAACUGUGCGAUGACUGUCAAUGCAAAACUAAACUGAGAAACGAGUCAAUCUCUACAAUGGAUAGUCUGGAAAGCAGCACCAGUGAUAAAGAUGUCGAGCCAACUUUAAAAGUCGAAGUUGGCGAUAUCGAAAUAAUGAACAAUGAAGUAAACGAAAUUGAUUUCACAAAUAGAAUAUAG